GACUUAUCGCCCGAUCAUGCGUCGCACGGUGCGCAGGAUCGCCGGCGUCGCGACGAGGCUCGUCUGCGCGCGCUUCCGCGUCUGCCGGUGCUGGCGCCGGAGGCCCGUGUUGUGGCCCAUGCCCGCGGCCUUGCGUUUGAUCGCGCCGCGCUGCGUCGCGCGGAACCGUUUCUUGGCGCCGCUAUGCCGUUUAUUUGAAAGGAAACGCGCGAGGAGGUCGCGCGCGCCGAGCGGUGCGCGAGUAGCGAGCAGUGCGCGCCAGGGCAGCAUGGUCGCGCGAUGUGUAGACCUUCGCCGGUUCGACUGUCGCUCGCGCGGCGCGGCAAGGGCUGCAGCAGCAGCAGUGCAGCAAGGAUAGUGCCGGCGGGCGGGCAAGUUGGGGCGUUUCAACGUCGCACCGAUGAAAAUCAAUCAAAUUUGCCAGCCUUAGCCCAACAGCCGCACAAAUACGCUCGCGCAAGCCAACCAAGCCCAGCUAG